AUCCUCCAUCCUCUGCCCUCAUCCUGUCUGCGCCGACCAUCCCUGGCCUUGUUGCCCUCACACGCAUGUCCAUGUCCUUCCUCUUUGGCUUGAGCCCUUUCGACGACCUCGUCGAAAGGGCCACAUCCGAAACCAUCCCCUCUGGGAGCGAAGAUAUCAGCCUCUUUUUGGAAAUCUGCGACAAGAUCAAAGCCAAAGAAGUCACCGCCAAAGAUGCCAUCAAGGCUCUGAAGAAAAAAAUCAACCAUAAGAACCCAAAUGUUCAGCUUCUCGCCCUGAAGCUGACGGACAUUUGUGUCAAGAACGGCGGUCACCAUUUCUUGCUGGAGGUUGCCUCGAGAGAGUUUGUCGACAAUCUGGUGUCGCUCACCACUGCCAUUACAACCAACAGCGAGGUGCGCCGGAAGAUCCUGGCGCUGAUCCAAAACUGGGGUAUCACCUUUAAAUCCAAGCCGGAUUUGUUUUAUGUCGGCGAGGUCUAUCAGCGCAUGAAGCGCGAAGGCUACGAUUUCCCCAACAUCGACUCUGCAGACACCGCCAGCUUCAUGAUCGACACUCAGACGGCUCCCGAGUGGACCGACAGUGACGUUUGCAUGCGCUGCCGCACCCCUUUUACAACCUUCAACCGCAAGCACCACUGUCGCAACUGCGGGCAGACGUUUUGCCACGCCUGCUCCUCCAAGAGCAUUGCUCUGCCCCACUUUGGAAUCACCCAAGAUGUCCGCGUUUGCGACGGCUGCUUUGUCAAGUUGAGCACCAAGCCCAUCUCUCUUCCGGGAACUCCAUCGCAGAUUCGCGUGCCGAUCCAGAGCAACAGCAGCGUCCGGAGCGAGCAGGCCCGCCGCGAAGAGGAGGAGCUGGAGCGUGCUCUGGCCCUGUCGCUGCAGGAGAGCUCGGCGCGCGUUUUCAAGCCAGCCGACACACCAAAGUCCCAGCCCCAGACUCUUGCCCAGUCCAAGCCCGAGCCCUCUGUGUCUCCUGAUGACGACGACGAAGAUUUGAAGGCUGCAAUCGCUGCCUCGCUCCAAGAUUUGAAGGUCAAGCAAGAACCCGCCACUCAACAGGCCUCGUAUUAUCCCUCUGCCUCCCAGUUUCCAGCGGAGAAAGCCGAGGCCACUCGCUACACCGCCUAUGAAUCUCAGCCGCCUCCGAGCACCACAUAUGCCACCGAGCAGCAUGUGGCCCAGGACGAUCCAAGCCACCUCACCUCGACUGAGAUGGAGAACAUCCGCUUGUUUGCGGAGCUGAUUGAGAAAAGUGAAGCCGAAAGCGCACGCGGCGUCAAUAUCAUGAGCAACCCACAGAUCCAGGCUCUGUAUGUACAAAUCGCCUCCCUCCAGCCAAAGCUUGCUCGGUCGCUUGAAGCUGCGGUUCAGCGAUAUCGGGCUUGCUUGGAGCUGAGCGAAAAGCUCUCGGCCGCCAUCAAGCUCUAUGAUCACUUCUUGAACGAGCGAAUGGCCGUGGCCUCGGCUGCUUAUGCCACCACCUACAGCCGCAACUUUUCUGGACCGCUUCCAGCCUCGGGCUUUUACCUGUCUCCGUCUCAGUCGCAGUCGCAGCUGCCCCUGCCUUCGGGCGCGGCCCAGGCUCCCCUUCAAGGUUUCUCAUCCCCAGCGGCUGUUCCGGGCUAUCCGGGUCCAGCAGCCCCCCUGAAGGCGUUGGCGCUGUUCCUGGUUCAUCUUAUCCUGCUCAUCCUGCUCAAGCUCCGGCCGCCGGCUCAUCCGACUCCAGCCGAUGGCCAGCCCCAAUAUGUCUACGGAUCGAGCCCGGCGCUUGUGCCUCCCAACGGGUAUGCUCCACAGGGAUACGGACAAGUGCCUCAACCCUAUCCGCCCCAGAACCCAAGCUAUGCCACCCAAGGCCCCUAUGGUGGCCAUCCGGCUCCUGCAGCCGAUUACGGCCAAGGACAUGCCCCCACAGCGCCGCUGCCUACACCCACACUGACAUCGGCUCCUCAGCCUCCCGCGGAUGCCGCACCUCUGAUUGAGUUUUAG